AUGUCAAGGAGAAGAAGAAAAAUCGAAGCGACAAACACCGCAAGAGACGAGAGCGAGAUGAUUCAAGUGACUCACAAUCGUCCAAUUCAGAAUCGGAGGCCAGACUUUCCAAGAGACGGGUGGAGGCCGAAUCACAGGAUCUACACUGAAGCUGGACCUGACAAACUAUCGAAGAUGUCCACCAGAGACGGGAGUCCCUAUACGCGACGAAAGGAGGAACGACGUGAGAGAGAAGGUGAUAUGAAUGAUGAUAGAUUAGGAAGAGAAGCCGACGUGGGUGACAGAUACAGAGAUAACAACAGACAAUCGGAGAGCAAUUACGAUCGGAAUGACAAAUCUAGGAAGUCUGAAAUUGAACGGAAGUCUACUAGAGAGUAUGACAGGGACUACAGGUCUUCAAUUUAUCAUGAGAUCGGGGAUUAUAAACAGAGGGAGGCUUUUGGUCGUGAAGAAAGGCAUUCGAGGUCCCUCAGUGAGCAUGACAGGACAUAUGAGAGGGACGAUAGGCCACGAAAAGAUUACGACGUGGAUGAUAGACAUAAGAGAAGACUCAAUUGA